AAAUAAUUUUAUAAUUACUGUAUUUAGAGAAUUUUUUUUAAUGAUUAGAGUAUUCUGGCGUUUUUUCCGAACCUGACCGGGCGACUUUAUUUUCCGAGAGCCUCAAGCACCGAAGGCGGAGGGAAAGCGGAGCAAUGGCGGAAUCCGAAACGAAGGACCAGCUAACCGCCUUCUUACAGUCCGGCAUUUACCGCUUCAGCAACUCCGCCGUCCCCGUCGUCUUCAUGGACCCAGUCCGCGUCCUCAAUCGCUCAUAUUCCCGAGUUAGGGUUUCUCCUUCCACAUACUACUCCCGCUUCUUCAAUUCCAAUGUCGCCGCCGAUGGCGUCCUCCGUGAAACCGAGCUCUCUUCAAGUUCGAAGAAGCGGAAGCGGAAGCGGAAGGAGAAGAAGUCUAUUCCAUUGAACGAACGAGAACAAGCCGCCGACCAGCGCCACCAGCAAAUUCGGCCGCUGUUGUUGAAAGCGCACGAAUGUUUGAUCGGAGCUCCUGAGUUUCUGGGUGUACUCAGAAGUUUAAGCGGGGAUUCCUCUUCCACGGCGGAACGCCGGGAACUAACCGUCGGCGGAACUGAGCCCUUGUUUCUUGAGCUUGGAAAAGUCUGGCAAGCUCCGCUUUACGAUAUAACCAUAAAUUUUCCUCGACCUUGCGGGAGCAACGAAAAUGAAGGGGACAUUGUUGAUCAAUGGUGUGCCCAGAGAGUGGUUCCUGUGUUCGACAAUUUGGUUGUGAAUGAGAUUGGUGAUGAAGUGGAAGCAGAAUUCCUGAGCAGGAAAUAUGUGAUACCUCGACAGAGUUGCUUAUACAUGUCUGACCUGGGGAAGAUUCACAACCUGAUCCCUGCUGAUCCUGGCAGCGGCUUCAAUCUUAUACUGAUUGAUCCGCCAUGGGAAAAUGCGAGUGCUCAUCAGAAACUAAAGUACCCGACUUUGCCUAACCGGUAUUUCCUGAGCCUUCCCAUUAAGAAGCUCGCCCAUUCGGAUGGAGCUCUUGUAGGGUUAUGGGUGACCAAUAGGGAGAGAUUGAGAAAUUUUGUCGAGGAAGAGUUGUUUCCCUCAUGGGGAGUUACUUAUGCUGCUAGCUUGUUCUGGUUGAAGGUCAAAGCAGAUGGAUCAUUGACCAGUGAUUUGGACCUAUUUCAUCACAGGCCAUACGAGUGCCUUCUUUUGGGAUACUGCAACGGGAAGGGUGAUGGUUCUGAACUGCUGUCAGGAAUGGGAGGAACUAUGGAGGAUCAAAUCGUGAUAAGCAUCCCGGGAGAUUACUCGAGAAAGCCACCAGUUGGAGGUAAACCCUUGGUCGUCUAACAUUUACAAUAUCCCCCCGGAAACACAGAUUGCAAUGGGAAAGAAAGGAACUUGAUCAUCUGCUAUAUUAUAUUAGAACUUCUGCAGAAGUAUGUGCCAGGCGCUCGGCCUCCUCGAUGUAUCGAGCUUUUUGCGAGGGAGAUGAUUGCCGGAUGGACUUCAUGGGGCUACGAGCCUCUUCACUUUCAGGACUCCCAUUAUUUUUUGCUGAAUCAGGAGGAUCCUGUUGUACUACAAUGAGACAGAUCAGAGGUUGUAUGUAUUUUUCUUUAUCAGAUUCUGUUGCCACCCAAUCUGGUCCCUAUUAGAUUGGUGUGGUCAGAGAAGACAAUUGGAUGGAUAGUGGGCAGGCCAGUCCAAGUCGGACCCAAACAAACGAGGUGCGGUCAAAUAGAAAGACGGACAGCGAAAGGAUAAAGGAACCAAACCCACGCAGAACCAAAAGAAACAAUAAUGAGAAGCCCCUGCAUCAUGAGCUCUUCGCUUUGCACCAUCACCUGCUGCUGCUUCCGUCUCAAGUACAGAGGGGCGUUUCAUUGCGCAGGGACGACACAGCUUUUGUGUUAUGUGCGGGGGGUCUAGCUAGCUCGACUUAGACCUGAAAGCAUCUCCCGAAUAUGCCACAUUUCAUCAUAAAGAAUGGUAAGAGUCCGGAUGUUUCUUCUUCUUCUUCUUCUGUUGGUGUUGCUGCUGCUGCUCCUGCUGCAGCUUCUGUUACUUGAGCUUCUUCUUCUUGGUCAAAAGCUUCUUGUCCUGGUGCCUGCUCCUCGGUUACUGCUAAUGGCAUGGGCUGGCCAUCCUUCUGGACAAUUGCAUAGUUGAUUUCGAUGAAUGGGGUGUGAGCAAUCUUGGGCCAGUCUUCAUUCACACAUUGGCUAGCAGAUUUUGCAUAGGAAGUUAUUUUCAGCCUCAACAACCGUACGAAUUUGGGCAUCCACUCCGGCAGAAGUGCGAUGGGGCAAUCAAUAACCUGAAUUUCCAACAAUUCCGGGGCAAGUUGAAGCCACUCCGGGAGGCGGCUCAAUUUCGGAAUUCUAGCCAAGUUGACCACCACAAGUCGUGGCAGGAGGACACCACACUGGAGCUGCAUCAUCUCGCCAUCACCAUCACACAAGUCCAAAUUCUCACAAUUCGAGAUGUCGAGUAUUUCGAGAGAAGUGAAGUAACGUGGCGUUGUUGGAGACAGAGUCCUUAGCACCGGACAGUCGUUGAUGGUUAGGCUUUUCAGGGGAGAACAAGAAAGACGUGGGAGCGUCUCCUCUGGCAGAGUAUCAAGAUCCAGUACGCCGUAGAUUGUGAGACUGUAGAGGGAAGACGAAGGAGGAGGAAGGGACGAUGAGGAAGAGGGCGGCAUCCUCAAAAUUUGCUUCAACAACUCUUUGCUCCCACCUUUCAAUCUCAGAGCCUGCAGUUUUGUAGAGAAAUAGGGAAGGGAAGCGAUGCUACCGCAGCCAAAGAUCUGCACUUCCGAGACACAAGGAAACUGCGGCCGCAGCACUAUUGCUCCCACUUCCACUGCCGUCCCAGUUCGCCAUCCCUCGAGUUUAGGACAUGUCAUAAGGAUUAACGACUUGAGAGAAGGGAAGAAGGAGGAAGACGACGACGGGGCCACCGGGCAGUACUCUAUGUAUUCCAGAGACGGCAUGUCGUUAAGCUCCAGUUUCGCAAGAAAAGGUAGUUGAUCCAAUGACGGGAGGCUCUUCCAAUUUCGACAACCCUCGAUCUUAAUCUUCACCAAAUUCGUCACAGAGGAGGGAAGCCAACUCGGACAUUCCAACCCAUGAUUAUACCCCACCUCUAAAUUCUUCAAAUUGGGGUGCGGACGUAAUGCUUCCAGUAACUUUCCUUGAGCUUCAGCAUUGAUAGCAGCAGCAGCACGGUCUCCCCAUAUCAACCCCAAUUCCAUCAAAUGUUGCUUGUCUUUCAAAUUAGCCAACUCGCCCUCUGACGGCUCCUUCACCUCCUCCAAAUUCUUUAUAACCAGCCUUCCCCUUAGAUUGUUUAAAUCGCGCAAUUCACCAACCCUGGCCGCUUGAUCAGUCGAUACACUCUCACCUUCUCCUGCUGCUGCGGCUGCUGCUGCUGCUAUCAGGAACAACGACAUCUUUCUCAGAUAACGUAGUUGCCCGAUCCCACAUGGCAUGUAUGCUAGAGAGGUACACCAAUCAACACCAAGAUGGGAAAGACAAGACAACUUUCCCAAGCCUUUUGGCAGUCGUAAAAGCGACCAGCAAAAAUCUAGUUUGAGAACUUCCAAAUUUACUAGCUCUGCGAUCUCCUCCGGUAACACCUUUAUCCUCUUGUUGUGACUCAAAUCAAAAUAUUUCAGAUGCUUCAAUUUGUGAAUGGUAUCUGAUACCAUCACCAUUCCAAAACGACUCAUAUCCAACGCCCUCAAGCUUGUAUU